AUGGGAAAGAAGAGAAAGGCUGGCGGUCGGCCAGCUGCGAAUAAAACUGGCAAGGACGAACCCCAUAAAUUCGACAUUGAGGAGCGAUUCGACGAUUCUGAAGAUGAAUUCCAGGCCGGCCGAGACCAGAUUUUGCUCGAUGAAGCGCCAGAAGCAAAGAGACGGCGCAGACUAGCAGAGGAAGAGGAGGCACUUCAAUUAUCUGACGAGGAAAUCCUGGGCUAUGAGUCCCCGAGCGACGAAGAGGACGACGACAUGGACGAGGUCGAGUAUGACGACGAAGAUGACCUAGACCAAUUUGGGUCAAAAUCAAAUAAGAAGCAAAGCGGGGGCGCGGAAUCUGAAGAUGAGGAAGAGGGUCUUGCUGCUUGGGGCUCGUCCAGAAAGGAUUUCUACAACGCUGAUCAGAUCGAAACGGAAGCCGAUGCUCUUGAAGAGGAGGAAGAGGCGAAGAGGCUACAACAGAAGCAUCUACAGGAAAUUAACGAAGACGACUUUGGUUUCGAUGAAGCUGAAUGGGCUGAGUCUGGCAAAGACAGCUCGAAAGAUGACAGUGGCGCGGUGACUGAGGUCUUGCCGCAGUUGGAAAUCACGGACGACAUGAGUAGUGAGGAAAAACUGAAAAUCCUGAAGUCGCGAUACCCCGAAUUUGAACCCUUGGCGAAAGAUUUCACGGAGCUUCAACCCACGUACAAUACCCUCGCAAACGCCGCAAAAGCCGUCAGACCUACCGUUACAGAUGACGACGCGGAUCAUGCUCCCGUUGCCGUUAUCAAGUACCGCGCUUUAUCCGCCUAUCUCGGUGCGGUCAGCAUGUACUUUAUGCUUUUGAGCUCCGCUCACGAAUCGGACAACCUUACAGCCUUAUCACCAGCUCAAUUACGGUCACAUCCAGUCAUGAGCUCACUCGUCAAGCUCCGGAAAUUGUGGGAAACUGUCAAGGACAUUACUCCGGUUGAGAAAACGUCUCAAGGACCAGUUGAGGAGGAAAGCGAGAGUGAUAUGGAAGUCGAUGUGCCCGAAGUCAAGAGUAAGGAAAACAAGGUAUCCAAGAAGAAGAAGAAGCUUUCAAAGGCACAACGUGCCGCAGAAGCAGCAAGAACGGAAGCAGAGGCCCAAAGGGCCAAGAAACUCGAAGAAACAGAAGCCAAUCUUGCAGGCUUAUCAAGCCUCGUCACAGAACCUGGUCGGAAACGAGUUAGCAAGAAGGCGAAGGCGCCGUCAAAGGCUGAUGAUGAUUCUGACUUUGGUGAUGAGGAUGCCCUCACCGCCAAAGAGGCUGAAGAGAAGGCCAAGCAGAAGCGCUCUCUUCGAUUUUACACCUCUCAAAUUGCACAGAAAUCCAAUAAGCGCACUGCUGCUGGCCGCGAUGCCGGUGGUGAUGCGGAUAUCCCUUACCGUGAGCGCUUGAAGGAUCGGCAGGCCCGCUUGAUGGCAGAAGCCGAGAAGCGUGGUAAGCAGAAGGCAUCGGGUGCUGAAGAGCUAGGCGGCGAUAGUGACGAGGAGGAUCGCCGGGUCGCGAGUGAGCUUAGGAAGGGCGACAAUUCCGGAUCAGAUGAUGAUGACUACUACGACAUGGUUGCAGCCCGCACCAACAAGCGGAAGGCGGAUAAGAAGGCUUUGGCCGAAGCACAAGCAGCAGCCGCCCGUGAAGGAGGUCAUGUCGAGGUCCAAGAAAAGGUCGGUGCUGACGGCAAACGAGCCAUCACCUACCAAAUUGAGAAGAAUAAGGGUCUUGCACCUAAGCGUAAUAAGCUCAACCGCAACCCACGUGUCAAGAAGAGAAUGCGCUUUGAAGACAAAAAGAAGAAAUUGGGUAGCGUUCGUCAAGUCUAUAAGGGUGGCGAGGGCCGCGGUGGCUAUGCUGGUGAACUCACCGGUAUCAAGAAGAACCUGGUCAAGAGUGUCAAGCUCUAG